CCCAAGUAGCCUAAGCCUACGCUUUCAUCACGAGUCGCUUUUUUGGAACUGACGUGACCGGUUCACCACUGUAGGUCGUGACCUGCCCUUUGAACUAGGCCUAGAAAGUAGAAAGUUAUUGACUAAGCAAGCGUGGAAGUAAUAAGGUGCCAGUGUGCGAGUGUCCUGCUGCAAACCAACCGGCUUUCGCAUUGAAGCAUUUUGCUUGCCUUUGCAAUAAUAGAACAUCUUCUACUUGAUCUUCAAAAUGGCUCAGAUUUUUGGAAUUGAUCAUAAAUAUGUUGCUGUAUCCACGGCGGCUUUGUCGAUAGGAGUUGCAGCGUAUUCCAUGUACAAGUAUAGGUCGAUGGUAGCAGCAGUCAAGAAUGUUGUACCCGGCUCUGAAGUCUACGAGUCUGAAAAGCUUCUGGGCGAAUACUUAGUGUUUCAUUUUGGUUCUCCAGAACAACUAAUUCCUUAUCCUUUCGGGCCCAAAGACGCUUUGGAUUUCCCCAAAAGAUGUGCUGAGCUUUGUCUUAAACACUACAAACCACAGGAAGGUCUUCCGGACAGGGCACUGGACAUCGGAUGUGCUGUUGGGCGCUCGUCUUUUGACCUGUCAAGAGGAGUGAAAGAAGUGAUCGGCAUUGACUAUAGUCAGUCGUUUAUAGAUGCUGCAAACACAUUGAAGCAAAAUGGAGAAAUGAGCUACCAACUUGUUCAAGAAGGGGAUGUGUUCACCCAAGCUGUUGCCAAAGUAGAAAAGGAUGUUGACCGAAGCCGAGUCAGUUUUGAACAAGGCGAUGCUUGUGAUUUAAGAUCAUCACUGGGCCAGUUUGGUGUGAUACUUGCUGCAAAUCUGGUCUGUAGACUCCACCAUCCUAAGGAAUUCCUGAAGAGGCUGACAUCACUGUUGCCUAACAGAGGAGGAAUCCUGGUGAUAACAGCCCCGUAUACUUGGUUAAGAGAUUUUGCGAAUAAGAAUGAAUGGCUUGGUGGGUACGUUGGUGCCGAUGGUCAAGCUGUUACAGGAUUCCAAGGCCUUCAGAAAGAACUGGGGCCAUACUUCGACCUUGUGGAAGAAGUCAACAUGCCUUUCUUCAUCAGGGAGACGGCUCGCAAGAACCAGUGGACUGUAGCACAUGCGACUGUUUGGCGUAGGAAGUGAUUGUUCAUCUUGGUGACAUAAGUUGUCGGUGUUAUGUCCGUCACAUUCCACACAAUAGAGAUCCGUGAUACAACUCCAAAGGUUUUCAAUUUCCUGCAAUGUCAAAUGCUGACAGCUUUUAAAGGUUGUGUUUAUUUUAUCAUGAUGGGAAAAUAAGGGGCAUUAACAAUUCUUUAAAAUGUUUGAUACAAGUCUAUAUGUUUCUGCAUAUUUCAAGUUAGGGGGCAUUAACAAUUCUUUAGAAUGUUUCAUACUAGUCUAAAUGUUUGAUACAAGUCUAUAUGUUUCUGCAUUUUUCAAGUUAGGGGGCAUUAACAAUUCUUUAGAAUGUUUCAUACUAGUCUAUAUGUUUCUACAUGUUUCAAGUUAGGGGGCAUUAACAAUUCUUUAAAAUGUUUGAUACGAGUCUAUAUAUUUCUGCAUGUUUUAUGUAAGGGUAAAAGAGUAAACGUAUCUCAAGUUGAUGCGAGUCCAAAGCUUAGUAAUUGUUCAAAAGACAUUUGAGAUUUGUCAUUACAUUCUCCAGUUGUUAUUCCUUGUCAAAGUAUUAUUGUCUCACUAUAGGUGCAGUCCUUUUUAUUGGAUAUAAAUGGUACCAAAUUUUCUUUUCUGUUCAUUGAAAAUGUUGUGAAAUUUCAUAGAAACGUGAUAUUUGUCCUGUGAAUAAGCAUAAUAAUAAUCCAUGUUAUAGUUAAAGUAUUGGAAGAAAGGUCACGGUUUUGUAAUUCUCAUGUUUAUUUUUCCCUCUCAUUUUUAAAGAUUUCAUAACGCUGGUUGGUUGAGUUUAAACAUCCAUUCCUUUUUUACUGACUUUAAAUAUGCCACAAGUAGCCCCUAUAAACACCUCCACUUAAAUAUGCUAUAUGUAGCCUCAAUAAGCCAACCUCCUGGCUAAACUUAAUGAGUCUAGAAAUAGCUUUGAUAAUCAAACACCCCUGCCCCUCCCCUCUCCUUGUUUGGUUAUAUAGGCUAUAUGUAGCCCCAAUAGACAAUUUUCUUCUUUUUUGUCCAUUUAUAAAUUUUAUUGAGUAUUGUUUCCUGGAAUCAUUGUGUGAGAGAGUCUGCAAGCUAGCUUCCAGAUAGUCUGUCAUUUUCCUUUUACAAUGCAACAUAUAAUAUUGUUUCUUUUAAUGUAUUCAACUCGCAUACCAAAGUUCAUUAUAAUCAUCUCAGUGAUAAAUAGCCAGUAAUGUUGAUUAUGCUUUCAUGUCAUUUAAAAUUGUUUGAGACUUUCUGCUGAACUAUAAUAUUGUUUCUUUAAUGUAUUCAACUCGCAUCAAAGUUCAUUAUAAUCAUCACAGUGAUAAAUAGCCAGUAAUGUUGAUUAUGCUUUCAUGUCAUUUGAAAUUGUUUGAGACUCUUUGCUGAAAUAUGCAGACCUCUGUGGCUUGUUUGAAAGUUCUAUGGACAAUUAAUAUGCUGGUAAUUGCAAUAUUUCAGGGUAUUUUUCAAACUUAUUGGUGUGAGCGUUGUGCUUCUUCUUUGCGUUCUCCUGCUAAAUCUCAGGAGUUGUUGACUGCUGGUAUGAGUGUUGUUGUAGAUUUGGGGUAGAUUCUUUACUUUAAAGUUACUGUACAGAUUUGAGAAUCAGUGCAAUCUCAGUUGUCUUCAUCCUUAGUAUAGUCAUAGAAUAGCUGGGAGAAAAUGUUGUAUUUUAAUGCAUUAUACAGGUAAACAAGAGAUUUGUGAAAUGGGAAAAAGUAUUUUAUACUUUAAAAAGAUCUCAAAAUUUUGUUUUUACAUGCACUGCCACCUUUCAAAUGUAAUAUUAGUAUGAAGUCAAUAAAAAAUGAUUGUAUGAAGAA